AUGGAAAAUAUAAAUAAAAAGGAUGUUCUUGUAAACUAUUUGAAGUUGUGUGGUAAGCAUGAUAUGGUUAAUGCUGUAAUAAAAUAUUGUGAUGAAGAUCACGGAAUAGUAUUCAAUAAACACCCUGCUCGAAAUGAAAAAAAGUUUGGAACAAUUUAUGAUUAUGGUGUUUCUUCGAAAUUAAGAGGGUGUGAAAAUUUAGAAAAAUUACAGAACUCAAAGGUAUUUCAUAAGGAAAAAAAUAUUUCUAACCAUUUAAAUGAUAUCGUUUUGGAAAGUUCAAAAUGUGUUGAUGAUAUACCUAGAGUUAAAUGUUAUGGUAGGGACGAAAGUUCAUUAGAGGGAAUGGAAGAAAGGAGGACUGAAAAACCUGUUAAAUCUUAUUAUAAUCAAAGAAAAAAAAAAACGAAUUUAUUAAAUAAACAAGACAAUGCAAUAUCAGAAAUAUUGGAUGAUAUAUGUGAAGUUAUAGCGCCUGAAGGAAAAGGAAAGUUUCUAAAAUUUAUUGGUGAAAAUUAUGUCUACAUUUUAUUGGAAAAUGGAACUUAUCAUUGUUAUCCAAUUCAUCUACUUAAGUUGAACCGUUCCUUCUUAAAGAAUAAUUCCAUGUUUACCUUAAAAUUUGAUUAUAAGGAUAUGGCAUUAAAACACGCAAGAACUCUUAUUAAAUCUAAAAAUAAAAAAAAUUAUAAACGCCCCAAUUUAAUAGCACAGGAUAAUAUGUUUCAUGAUAAUUUUGUUGAUUUCCCAAAAGAGUUGGAUUAUAUAAAAGAUUACAUAAUAAAAAAUGAUAAUAAAUAUUUAACAUCUUGUAUAAAGGAAAAUAUGGUUUAUGAUGUAUUAGACAAUGGGAAAUGUUCAUAUAAUAAAGAAGUUUUGAAUUGUUUACAAAAUUGUAAUGAUGAGAUUAAACAAAAUAUUAAGAUAAAAACGUUGAAUAAUAUAUACAAAUUAGAGAAUUCAAAAAAUAUAUACAUAUCCUAG